AUGACUUACCCUGUGAGCACUCAGCCUCAGAUGGUGCAGCUAAUCAGCACCACAACAAAUAUCAGCAGUUGGAAUUCUGAUGUAUUUGACUGCUGUGACGAUUGUGGAAUCUGUCUGUGUGGAACAUUCUUCCCCAUAUGUUUAGCGUGUAACGUGGCCUCAGAUUACGGGGAAUGCUGCUGCUUGCCAGUGAUUGGUGGUACCGUGCUUGCCAUGCGCACAGGCCUCAGGGAACGACACCGCAUCCCGGGUUCUAUCUGUGAUGACUGCGUGUGCCUUACCUUCUGCGGACUUUGCACGCUGUGUCAGAUGGCACGCGAACUGAAGGCCAGGAAAUGAGAUGUCCUUCCAGACAAGCCAGAGACAGGAUGGAUGUAUUUACACACAGUUCUGCUUUGCCUUUUUUAUGUGAUGUAGUGCAUACAGCUAUGAAGCAAUUUAGUGCC